UCUACUCUAUCUAUCAUUUUGUUGCUUAUAGCCCAAGCCGUUGGGUUUACUGAUGAAACAUCUCUAGAGAAUCAAGAUACGUCUUUAGAAGCGACUUCGUCAGAAAAGGAAGAAAAGCUAUUUGCUGACUUUUCGAGGGACGAGAAGUAG